AUGAAGCAGCCUGCCGUGCGUGCGGGAUCUGAGCGCUCAACAGUGGUUUUCCUGUGCACAGAGGGCAACCUACACCGCGGCAUCUCGUGCAACAACUGCAAUGCUGCGCCCAUCGUUGGCAAGCGCUUCAAGUGCUUGAAUUGUAUCGACUACGACGUGUGUGAGGAUUGCGAGCCCGUGGACCGCCACAAUCCUCGUCAUGUUUUUGUCAAGAUCAAUGUGCCUCUGCCACCCAUGCUGAACCCGCGCAAGGCGCUCCUGGACCCGUUUUAUCCUGGGUCGGCCAUGGCGCCUGCCGUGUUGGCCUGGACCACAAUCAAGCAGCUGAAGAGAAUGACACUCUUCUCGCGCAUUGAGAUUGAAAUGCUUUAUCAACAAUUUGUCGCCCUGUCAGAGGGGGAACCGGGCCAUUUGCACAUUUCGCGGGCCACCUUUAUGCAGUGCCUCGGUCCAUUGGGUUCCAAGGCUAGCCUUGUGGCCAACCUAGUGUUUGAUGUGGUGUAUGCGCGGGGAGAUGAAGUGAUUACGUUUCCCAGUUUUGUUCGGGGCCUGUCGGUGCUGCUCAAAGGCAGCUUUGACGAGAAAGCCGAGCUGGCAUAUCAAGGCUACGACAUGGAGGACUCGGGGUCGAUUGGACGAAGCCGCAUGCGCACAUUGCUAACGGCGCAGUUUGAGGUGAACAUGCACCACGUCAAGGAAGUGGUUGACAACUUGGACGAGGAUCUGUUGUCCAAGUUUGCGGUGGAGGAGGAUCGGCCAGUGUCCAGCUUGUUUACGGCAGCCAUCCCACACCAGUCUCAUCUUGGUCCAGAAAAGGCCCGCGAGGGAGAUGCCAUGCCCGCCAACUUGAUAGAUCAAGCACUGAGUGGGUUUGGAGAAGUGGGUGGCCCCCGGGGCUCGGCGUCGGGCCAUGGACGAGGCGCUCAGAGUCCUCAAACCCUGUGGCGAGCCCGGCGCCUAUCAGCCUCGAUGCAGGGGGUGUCGUCGGCGGCGAUUGAGCUGGUUGUGACGCGUGUCUUUGAUGACUUUGCCGCCGAGCCCUCGCGGUUGCGCAAGGAAGAGUUUUUGGCUGCCGCCACGGUGGAGCCAACCCUGAUUGCCUGGAUUGAGGUGCUUGGCACCAUCUUUUAA